AUGUCUUUGAACGGCGCGAAGCCGAGCGCGUUCCUUCAGAGGUUUCAGAACAAGAUCUCUGUUGUAGCCAAGGACGGGUCUCACGCCAAGAUCGGUGAGCCGACAACCAAGACUCGUCCUGCUCCAGACAUCCGAGAUAUCCUAGAUGACCAACGGCCAUGGAGGAGGAAAGAUUCGAACAUGGUGUCCUCCAAGACGAUGCCGAGGAAAGAGAACUCACACUCCGUGAGCUAUCAGACUACCGACGACAUCUCUCCUGAGUACGGGAUGAAAGGUUUGAGAUUCAAGACUUCUAAGGAUGGCUCGAGCGGGCGAUCGGUGAAGGAGCUGGGGGAUGGAUACGCCAAACAGGAUGUGAAUUUCUUGAACCCGGAUGAUCAGUUGGCCUACAGCAGAAAGGCGCGGCCGGUGGAGUACAAACCGUACAGCGAGAAAGAGUACAAGGCGCAAUAUGCUCUGGGGGAGUAUUAUGAGCUAGGGAAGUUGGGGCCAGAUCUGGACGUGAACGAGCUGAAUGAGAAGAGACAACGACAGGAAAGAAUUAAAGCGUACGCUGAGGCUGUUCGCCAUGAAAAUAAGAAUAUCAUAGGCGUGAAGCGAACCGACACCGGCUUAGGGCCUUCAUAUCCAUCCUACGGCAGAGCGUCAGAGGCGAGCAAGGACGGGAGAAGAGGGACGGGGAAAGCGAACAAGAACAAGAUGGAGAUCGGACAAGGACGAGGGCGAGGGCGAGGGCGAGGACCAGCACCAGCACCAGGACCAGGACCAGGACCAGCACCAGGAGGUAAGAAGGAGGAAGGAAAGGAACUCACCCUGAAACCAGGGUUGCUCUGUUUCCCCAGGCUCUCGUCGUUGGCGAACGACUCGGCCAGAGCUUUGCCGAUCUGA